UGGGGAGAUGGAGAGGAGGAAGGAUAUGCUUGGGGAGGUGAGGUACGGCAGAGGGAUUGGCACGACCGAGGCGAGCACGUCGACCGGCGUUGCCUUCUCUCCCUCCCCUUUCUCAUCAUGCUCAUUGGUCCCCUCAAAGAGCUCUCGUACCCUCCCUUCCCACUCCUCUCCCACCUGGGGAAUAACACUCCACCAGCGACCCGCAUCCAUUUCAGACUCCCCCCGCUCCUCAGCAUGUUUGACGAGUGCUUGUGUGUCUUUCAGCUCUCCGAGCCAGCGUUCGAGUAUCUCCAGGUGUCGCUGGAUCUUCACCGUGUCCACAUCCUCCUCGUCCCCCUCCGCUCCGUCUCCAUCCACCUCCGACGGGCUGAGCAUGCGAAAGAACUCCUCCAAAUGUCUCGCGAGCAGCUGAUCAAGCGCCACGUUGGCAGGAUGUGACGUGAUAAGUGACAUCAAUACCGGACUAGGUGAUGCGGAGGAGAAAGAGACGCUGAUAUCGAUGAGGAAGUCCCCUGCUCCAAGCAAGAGACUAUGCAAGUGCUGUCCC